AUGAGUUCUAUUAUACUUCUUUUUUUUUCUUCAAGUCUAAAUGCUCAAACUCAUUCUCUCGAAUUUAAUUCUCAAACAUUUAAAGCUGAUCAAAUUCGUCGUCAUUUUCUUCAUGUUCCAACUGGUUCAAAUAUAGCUAUUUUGAAAAUGACAAAUCAUUCUAGUGAUAUAUCUACUCAAAUAAAUUUACAUUUUGUUCAACUUGAACAAGGUGAUUCAUUUCAUUUAACAGAAUUUGAAAAAAUAAUUAAUUUAUUAUCUCAUUCAACGUUUCAAUGUGAUUUUAAUGUUCAAGAUAAGCGAACAUUAGAAUUAUGUUUAACAAGAUGGCGGCCUAGUUGA